GAGAGUGGUGGCAGACAGCUGAAGACGAGAAGGAGGCGGAGGAGGCUCCAGCCACCCAGCCUGCGGCCAGACGGCCUUCGGGUCCUAGCAACACCCACUGAUUUCUGCCUGUCGAUGCCCAGGCCGUGAGCUGCCCCGUCCUGGGGGCUCCGGUGCCGAGAAUGGCCUGCCCCGAGAUACCGCAGCAGCCCCAGCCAGUCUGCCAAGAAGCCACCCCCUCCGACCCCGCGGGCCGCGCUGGAGGUCCUGGGGGCCCCACGGAGGGCGACCUGGAGUGCCUGGUGUGCCGGGAGCCCUACAGCAGUGCCCGGCCGCCCAAGCUGCUGGGCUGCCAGCACGCCUUCUGCGCCGUCUGCCUGAAGCUGCUGCUCUGCGUGCAGGACGACGCCUGGUCCGUCCCCUGCCCGCUGUGCCGCAAGGUCACGGCCGUCCCCGGGGGCCUCGUCUGCACCCUGCGCGACCAGGAGAGCGUGCUGGCGCGGCUGGCCCGGCCGGGCCUGGAGGUGCCGCUCCGUCCGCAGGGCCUGGCGAACCCUGCCGCCCUGACGGCAGGGCGGCCCAGCGCGGCCGCAGAGGAGGAGCAGGACGCGGUGAGCGCCAACCGCGCGGCGGCUCGGCGCCUGGCGGCGCACCUGCUCCUGCUGGUCCUGCUCAUCGUCCUCAUCCUGCCCUUCAUCUACCCCGGCGUCAUCCGGUGGGUGCUCAGCUUCCUCGUCACCCUGGCGCUGCUGCUGGCUCUGCUUUUCUGCUCCCACCCGGGCCACCGCGGCGGCCGCGGGCCGUCCCCCAGGACUCUUUUCUGCAGGGAGCAGAAACCCAGCGAGAUCGCCUCCAUCGCCUGAGCGAGCUCCGACCGGGCGGAGCCGGGUCCCUUCUGCCUCUGCAGCUUACCAUCACGGUGAACAGAGGAAGCGGUUUGCAGCCGACCUGCUCCCUUGGGAGAGUAAAUGCCGGCUGGACUUGCCAGCCAACGCCAGAACGGCUGUCUUGGGUCAAGAACUGUGCUUUUGGACAAUAGACUAACGCUUGCCACGGGUAUAGCAUAGCUAUUAAUAAACUCUUUGGGGAUGGGGAAGAAACUACUUGACCGCGACAAAGGAAGGGGGUCUCCUGUUCCUUUUAGUCCAAUGCCCCUGACUUUUCUUUCUAUAUCUGGAUGAAAAGUAUUGAAAUAUUAAUGGUAUUGUAUAACAAAUAGAA